AUGCCGGAAAAGAUUAAAGUCGCAGUUGUUCAGCUGUAUUCAAAGCCGCUAGACAUAGAGGCCAAUUUUGCAAAAUCCUGUCGCUUUAUCCGACAAGCAGCUGAACAGGGAGCCCAACUUGUCGUUCUACCAGAAUAUCAUUUGAACGGGUAUUUACCUGAGGAGCCCAUAUAUAUUGAGCAAGCAACACGAUGUCAAGAAUACAUUGUCCGAUACUGUGCGUUGGCGCGGGAGCUUAGCAUUUGUCUUGUCCCAGGAACGCUUGUUGAGCGGCAUCCAGCUACGGGUCAGACUGCGCCUAUUGGCAGUAGGACAUUAAGCAGUAUAGACGGAGAUUACCAUUUGUUCAACACGUCCUAUUUUAUCUCGCACGAUGGGGAGAUUCUGGGAUCUUAUCGGAAGAAAAACCUAUGGCAUACCGAACGUCUUCACCAAUCUCGAGGUGAGAAGAAGCACUCUGCGAUAUCUACACCGUUGGGGAAAGUAGGACUCUUAAUCUGUUGGGAUCUUGCUUUCCCAGAAGCAUUUCGAGGAUUGGUAAGAGAUGGUGCAGAUAUCAUCAUCGUGCCGACCUGUUGGACCCUCGAUGAAUCAAGUUCUUAUGGGCUGAAACUAAAUCCCGACUACGAAAGUCUUGUGCUCAACACAAUGAUCACAGCUCGUUGCUUUGAAAACAGCUGUGCUGUUGUAUUCGCAAAUGCCGGCGGGCCCCCGGAUACGUUUGUUGGGUUAUCACAGGUCGCCAUGCCAUUCAUAGGUCCUGUGAAUCGUAUGUGGGACAGUUCAGAGGGCUUCUUCAUUGCCGAUAUUGAUAUGGAGGUGUUGAAGGAGUCGGAACUCAACUAUAAAGUGAGAGAAGACAUGACAGGCAAGGAUUGGCAUUAUUAA